AAAAGAACUGUUUGAUGAGACGUGAUGAAGAAGAUAGAAGGUGAUAAAAAGAUUUUGCAUAGAAAAAAAACAUACAUUGAUUUGCUUUCCACAGCCCAUCUUUUUCAUUUGCCAAGUUCAAAUAAGAGGAGAGGGACCUGAAUGGAAGCAACAAGGCUUGAUCUGAUUCCCACAAUGACAUGGGCCAAUAGGAAAAGAAAAACCCCUCCCAGUCUGGAGAAAGGAGGUGGGGUGGCUGGCAUUCAAACUUAGGCAGGCUUUACAGUGACUCAAACACUCUUAAAGAACGAUUGCAGACUGUCUCCACAGCCCUUAGAUACAGGCUUACUGUAGCUGGAAAUUCUCUCUCAUGAAACUUCUGAAGGCAAAGAGAGUAACUUCAACUCAGUGAGAAGGAUUUGACACUGUCCAUGACAAUGGGACACUGAGGACUUCUGCAAGUUGUGUAAUUUCUAUCUGAGAAAAGGGCAAGCCUGAGGAUACUACAGAUUAUGUUGCCAUGGAAACCAAAACCUGGAAGUGGACGCAAGGACCACUGAAGGUGGACAAGCUUUCCUGACUGCAUCACCAGCUGAUUAUCAUCCCGCUGUCCACUGUGCUGAGAGAAUGCUUUGGAGAAUAACCAUUCCUGUCAUACUGGCUGGGGUGCUCUGCAUUACAGCAGAGAGCAAAAAGACCCGUCCCCAGGGCUCCAUCCCAUCACCGCACAAGUCUAAAGGUAACCUUUCUGCAGAGCGUCAGCACAAACUGUUGCAGCCGAAACCAGAGGUGCUUUCCUCCAGCAGAGAGGCCUUGGUUGUGACGGAGCGGCGCUACCUCCGCAGAGACUGGUGCAAGACUCAGCCCCUCCGUCAGACCAUAAGUGAAGACGGCUGCCACAGCCGCACGGUGGUCAAUCGCUUUUGCUACGGCCAGUGUAACUCAUUCUACAUCCCACGCCAUAUGGGCCCCAGCUCCAAUCAGGGACACAGUCGAGGCAAGGCCUCUGGCUCGGGAAGAAAGAGCCACAACAAAGUUCAGGAACCUUUUCAGUCCUGCGCCUUCUGCAGGCCUCAUCGCAUCACACAGCUGACGGUGCAACUGGACUGCCCAGAUCUGCAGCCCCCUUUCAGGCACCGUAAGGUGCAGCGGGUCAAACAGUGCCGCUGCAUGUCUGUGGAUGUGAGCGGCCAUGGCAAACUGUGAAAAAAGGAGUUUUGAAAAGCCUUUUGAAUUUGAAAAGACAGAUGUCAGAGGACUUUGCCCAGCAGCGACAGGCAUCAAGUGGAACUACUCUUAACAAGCCGUUGCAGUAAUGGCUUUUUCUACAAAAAUAAAUAUAUAUUGAAGUGGUGUGACUCUAAGACCCAAUUAUGAUGCAAAUAUACAUGCAGCCACUGUUUUCUAUAAAUGCUGUUAAAUACAAGAUUGUUCAAGUGACACUGAAGACAACGAUUCCAAGGUUUGUCGAAGAACAACCAUCUCCUCUCAUUUUAUUUCUUCUAAAAUGCCUCUUCAAAAGCUUGGACACAUUAAGGACACUGAAAGUGACGGUUCUUUUUUUGGGGGAGUUUUAAAAACUUUCAUUUUGAAAAAGCGAAGCCACUUUUAUAAGAUGGGUGGUCAAAUGUCUUCUUAAAUAUUUUUUCUUUCAGGAAAAGAUUGCCAGGAGACAUUACAACAAUGACUGGCUGGAUUUACCUACUAAUACCCAUCUUAACUGUACCAUAUUCUAGCUGGUAAGAAGAAAAAAAAGCCAGCGGCAUGUGUACCAAAGGUGCAAUGCACUAAUAUAUAUAUAUAUAUAUAUAUAUAUAUAUA